AUGACUCAGGUGCCUGCUGACUACGUGUCAACCACCAGCUCCUACAACUAUGAGCAGACCCUUCCCUCCGUGGCUCGGACAAGCACUGUCACCAAGGUACCUCCAGCCAAAAAAAUAACCUUCUUCAAGAGUGGAGAUCCUCAGUUUGCCGGAGUCAAGAUGGCCAUCAACCAGCGAAGCUUCAAGAGCUUCAACGCGCUCAUGGAUGACCUCUCUCAUCGGGUGCCACUGCCAUUUGGGGUACGGACCAUCACCACCCCACGAGGAAUACAUUGCAUCAGUGAGCUGGACCAGCUGGAGGAUGGAGGGUGGUACCUUUGCUCCGACAAGAAAUACGUCAAACCCAUUCCCAUUACUGCUGGGGGACACAGGCCAGGCCCUCCACGAAACGGUCGUCCCUCCAGUACCUUGAGAAGAGCAGCUCAGGAGGGCAAGCUUGAAGAUUAUUCUACACCUUUUACUCACCACGGCCCCAGAAUCCCCAAGAAAAUCACUCUACUUAAGAAUGGAGAAAGUGGUUUUCGGCGCUCAAUUAUCCUUAACCGCAGAAACGCCAGGAGCUUCAAAACACUCCUGGAUGAGAUUUCAGAGAUCCUGCAGUUCCCUGUGAAGAAGCUCUACACUGUUGAUGGGAAAAAGAUUGACAGCAUGCAGGCCCUGCUCCAUUGCCCCAGCGUGCUGGUGUGUGUUGGCCGGGAGCCAUUUAAACCCAUCUCCACAGAGAACUUGAGGAAACACUCAGUGGAGAAGCUGCCCGAGGUAGCUCCUCGUUCCAACGGCAACAACGUCAACGCAAACAACGAAAAGAAGUCGUAUCCUAAUGGUCUCGCUGCCUCUCCGGAUAACGGGGCACCUUUCUCAAACAGUUUCUCCCAUCCAAAACCUGGUGACCUGGUCCACUCCUUGGUGAAUGAUGACAUAGAAAAGCGGGUCCAUGUCAACAAGGAUGGUAGCCUGUCCGUCGAGAUGAAAGUCCGCUUCCGCCUGCUAAAUGAUGAGACUUUGCAGUGGUCCACCCAGAUCAGGAAGUCCAACGUGAUGAACCAGAUGCCUUGGAAGCCAAAGAGCAAACAAAUACGUUCAACCAUGUUGAAGAACUCCUCCAUCAGCAGCGUAGGUACCGAGUCAGUGCUGACCACAGGAAAAGAGCAGAAAGAAAUUGUAGAUUCCUCCAAACCAACUUCCUAUGGGUCCAAAUCAAACGCAACUGAAACAAACGAUCAGAAGAAUAAAGAGGGGGAUGAUUCUUGCAGCAGAAAAGUGGAGGGAGAGUUGGAAUGCGCUGACGUGCAGCAGGAAGAGAGUGAUAUAAUGCCAUCUACUCUACCAAAUACCUCUCCAGAAGAAGUUGUGCAAGAAUGGUUAAGUAAAAUCCCUUCAGAAACAUUGAUUAUGAAAUAUGAAAUGGAGGAUGAUCCAGAAGAAGAAUGUGCAGAAGCAACCAUGGUGGCAUCAUCCUGUACUAAUGUCGAGGGAACCCCAGAGGAUGAAAAAGCAGAGAAAAAGGAUGUAGAGGAGGCUGAAAAUGAGGCAACGGAUGAAGUGGGAAAAGAGACAGCAGAAGGCACUGCUAUUAAUGAAGAAGCUGAAGAAUGUGAGAAUCAGGAGCAGAUCUCUGAGGCUAUGUCUGAAGCUGCCAAAGCUGAUCAGGCAGAAUGCAACCAGUCGGUUACAUCCAGCCAAAAUAACAGAAGAGACCUGCCAACCUCUGUUCAGACUUCUGUCCAGAUCAUGAAGGCCUUGCUCAGUUCAAAACAUGAAACGAAAUUUGACCGAUCACACAGUUUGCCUGAAGUGUCCCCUACCAUGGGGAGAAAACUGAGUAACUCUGCCAACAUUUUGCUUACUUGUCUUGCCGGUCUCCAGCUCCUUGAUGAAGAGUCAGAAGAUCCAUCAGAUAAAUCAAAAGGUUUGAAUAAAUCAAGGUACAUGGAGCUGCUGAACAUUUUUCAAGCCUUGUGGUUUGGAUGCACAGCUGAAAAAAGUGUUCCAAGCUCAGGUCAAGAGGCAAGUGAGCAAGCAAAGACAGCCUCUGGGUUUAAAGCCACAAAAUAUGUGGAUUAUGACUUCACUCCCAUGUCCUCCUCUGGGGUUGAUGUUAGCAGUGGUUCUGGUGGCUCAGGAGAAGAGACUACAGCUUGUGCCAGGGACUGCACUAUAACGGCACAGAAGGCUGCUGAAUGCAAAUCAGCUGGACAAGAGGAAAAUGUGGAGACAGGCACUGAAGUGACUGAGGCUGAGGAGCAAUGCAAAGAGGAAGAGCAGUCAUGCCGACCUUCAACAGCCUGCUCAGAAUCAAAAGUUGAGGAAAAAGCACAGUCUACUAAAGAGGACUCUCUAAUUCAGGAGGCAGAAGAGAAUAAGGAGGAUCAGUGCAGUAACUGUGAAAAUGGUCAGGAGGAAGAGGAAGAAAAUGAAAACAAAGAAGACAGCAAAUUAACUGAAAAUGAACAAGAAGAAGCUGAAGCUCCAAAUGAUGAUGUCUCAAAAGCAAAUCUUGAAGAGGAAGCUGAUCAGCUAGCUGCUGAUGAUGAUACAAAUGUCAAUGACGUAGAUUGUGUGACAGAGCUGAAAGCUGAUUUGGAAGAGCAGCUUGAAAAAGAGUCACCAAAUGACCCAGAGCCCAAAGCUGAUUUGGAAGAGCAGCUUGAAAAAGAGUCUCCAAAUGACCCAGAGCCCAAAGCUGAUUUGGAAGAGCAGCUUGAAAAAGAGUCUCCAAAUGACCCAGAGCCCAAAGUCGAUAUGGCCACCAGUGUGGACACAUCCCUUGUCCAGCAAAAUUCAAUGGACCCAGACCCAGUCUGGGUCCUGAGACUGCUCAAGAAAAUCGAGAAAGAGUUCAUGGCUCACUAUGUCAGUGCCAUGAAUGAGUUUAAGGUCAGGUGGAACCUGCAGAACAACCGGCAGACGGAUGAAAUGAUACUGGAGCUGAAGGAGGACGUGAGUAAAAGGAUACAAAAAAGCAUAGAGAAAGAGCUGAGGAAGAUCAAGAACAGAGCUGGGAAGAAGAUGCCAAGACCUCCGGAUGAACCACUCAAGCGUGAGUCAACACUCCAAACUGAGCAGAGGAGGCGACGGCUGCAGACUAUGCAUAAAAAGUCACACUUCAACGACAAGAAUGGGACCGAGACUUGGCUGGAGGACACAUCAGACUUAUCAUUUCAUGUAGAUGAAGAUAUAGUAUUUAGUGCAGCUUUUGAGGCCAGUAUUAGUAAACAAACAAGUGAGGACGAGUACUGCCCAUGUGACUCUUGUGUGAGGAAAAAAAUGGCUUCCAAGCCAAGAAACAUCGUGGUGGCCACCAAUGCCCCAGUCAUGAAGGCGUUUGAUUUACAGCAAAUCCUGAGGCUGAAGAAAAAUGACAAUGGGGCAGACUGUGUAUCAGAAGCAGCCCAGGAAGUCAAAACAGUUCCCACAGAGGAAGUGGCAGAAAAUUGUAAUCCAAAUGAGGAGAAUGAGGGUGAUCUCCAGCCAAGUGAACAAGAAGUGGAGGGUGAUGAAGAAAAGGACCCAGAAUUAAAUGAGGAGGAAAUAAAAGAGGAGGAAGAGAAGGAGAAUGAGGAAGAGAAAGUGGAGGAGGAAGAGGAAGAAACAAAAGAGGAAGACACGAAGGAGGAGGAGGAAGCAAAAGAGGAGGAAGAGGAAGCAAAAGAGGAGGAAGAGGAAAUGAAGGAAGAAGAAGAAGAAACAAAAGAGGAGGAAGAAGUGAAGGAUGACGAGGAAGAGGUAAAAGAGGAGGAAGAGGAAAUGAAGGAGGAGGAGGAAGAAACAAAAGAGGAAGAGGAGGAAGAGAAGGAGGAGGAAGAAGAAACAAAAGAGGAAGAAGAGGAAGAGAAGGAGGAGGAAGGAGAAAUAAAAGAAGAAGAGGAGGAAGUGAAGGAAGAGGAGGAAGAAACAAAAGAGGAAGAGGAGGAAGAGAAAGAGGAGGAAGAAGAAACGAAAGAGGAAGAGGAGGAAGAGAAGGAGGAGGAAGAAACAAAAGAGGAAGAGGAGGAAGUGAAGGAGGAAGAAGAAGAAGAAAUAAAAGACAAGGAGGAGGAAGUGAAGGAAGAGGAAGAAACAAAAGAGGAAGAGGAGGAUGAAGUAAACAGGGACGAGGAAGAACAAGAAGAAACCCAAAAUGAAGAGCAGGAAGCUGAAGAGAAGUCCAAAACUGAAGAUGAAGCUGACAAUGAAGCUGAAGAAGCAGAGGAGCCAGAGGAUGAGGACAUCGGGGCUGAUGACGAGGAAGAGACAUCUGAAUGCGGAGGAGAUGCUGAUGGAACUGAUGACAACCCUGCAGGAGAUGCUGCAGAAAGAAAUGAAGAAGCUGAGCAAGACGAAGCUGAGGCAGUGGAAGAUGCAAAUCCAGAGUCAGAAGAUGCAGCAUGUUCAGCUAAGGAAGAAGACAACAGUGAAGGACGUGACAAAUUUGAUGAAAAUGAAGAGGAACCUAUCGGUGAUGACCCUGACAAGGCACAAGAAACACAUGAAGACAAAGUCAAGAAGGUUUCUGUGAGACCCUCCAAAGCCAAAGGCAGUAAAUUCAGAAAAAAAAUAGAGAUUCUGAACAAAGCAGCCUUUUUUUGUUAUUCUUCUGUCCGAAACUUCUCACAGCAAUCCCAGAAGGGGUCUGAAGAUGAAGCUGAAGAGGUAUCCAAAGAUGAUGACAACUCCAUGAACAACCAACCUAAUGGAGAGGUUCGAAGUGAUGAGAGCAGCAAACCCUCACAGAUGUAUCCUGAGAGCGAGGAAGAGGAUGGAGGAUCUUCAUGCACUGAUCCUUUGGGAAAUGAGGACCAGGCAGAUGCUGAAGGUGAAGAUCCAAAGAAGGUUGAACAUACUGAUGAAGUUCAGGCUUCUGAAAAGAAAGCAGACUCUGAUAAGAUUGACCAGGAUGACCUGGACUUCUAG